AUGAAAGUUUCACUUCGCAAAAAUUUUAAAGAAGAUUCGAUAGAAAUAAUCGAAAUACAAAAACAACAACAAUUACAACAACAACAACAAUUACAACAACAACAACAAUUACAACAACAACAAUUACAAUUACAGCAAAAUCAACAAACUCUAAAAGAAAAAGAACAACAAUUAGAGAUAAUAAUAGAAAACGACCAACUUUUGCAACAAUUACAACAACUACAUCAAAAGCAAUCGGAACAACAUCAACAAAAAAUAAAAGAAAACAACCAACUAUUAAAACAAUUACAACAAUUGCAACAACUACAACAAAAGCAAUCGGAACAAUAUCAACAAACAAUAAAAAAACAAGACCCAAUUAAAACAAUAUCAAAAAUUACACGAACAAAAUCAAAAUAA